AUGGGAAACACGGAAAGUAAUGUUACCAGUGGUGUUAAGAAGCAGGCCGGAGUAUCCACUCAGGCGCUAUACAAAUUUGUCAACUUAAAAGGAGGUGGUCUUCUGGUGGAUAUGAUGAAAAGAGCAAUCCAAAAUAAACAAUAUGCAGAAAUAGAUCAUGCCUUAAAAACCAAAGUCGAGCCAUUCCUGUACAAUAAAGGUAAAGGGAAGUAUAUCCCGGUGGCCCAGUUGGUUCUGUUACGAAAUCGGGAACGGCCACGGUCCAAACAGUUGCCCGAUAUUCGGGCACUGGAAAACCCAGAAGAGGACUUUGAUAUUGACGCAGUUUGUCCGAUAGUAAGCGAGGGCGAGUACCAGAGGAACCCCUCGGGGUACAGAGAGGUGUGUUGGAACAUCAAGGAACGCGGAGCAGUCGGUGAAACUAUUCUGCAUCUAUGCCUGCUGAAUGCAACAUCUCUGCAUGCCGAUCUUGCCAAACGCCUGCUGCGGUUCUAUCCCAAGCUUAUCAACGAUGUGUACAUGUGCGAUGAAUAUUACGGGGAAAGUGUGCUUCACUUGGCGAUCGUCAACGAAGAUCCUGCAAUGGUAAAAUAUCUACUGGACAGUGGAUCCGACGUGAAUGAACGUUGUUGCGGAACAUUCAUGUGUCCAGAGGAUCAGAAAGCGACGAGAUACGAUUCGCUAGACACGGAAAUAAUUUGUGUACUUCCCAUGACCAACUAUGAUGGGUACGUGUAUUGGGGCGAGUACCCGCUGAGUUUUGCAGCCUGCUUAGGUCAGGAGGAGUGCUACCGUUUGGUUCUAGCACGAGGAGCCGAUCCGGAUAAUCAGGACUCUAAUGGAAAUACCGUUUUGCACAUGCUGGUAAUCUACGAAAAAGUGACAUCAUUUGACAUGGGCUACGAAGUAGGAUCUUCGCUGGACAUUAGGAAUUUACAGAAUUUAACUCCUUUGACCUUAGCAGCAAAGUUAGGCCGCGUUGAAAUGUUUUUCCACAUAAUGAAUAUCGAACGAGAGAUUUACUGGCAAUUGGGAAGCAUCACUUGUGCGGCCUAUCCGUUGGUUUUGAUCGAUACCAUCGAUAUCGAAACCGGAAACAUCAACAAGGAUUCAGCAUUGAAUUUAGUAGUAUUCGGUGACAAAGACGAGCAUUUGGAUUUACUGGAAGGUGUAUUAAUCGACCUACUAAAGACCAAGUGGAAUUCGUUCGUCAAGGACAAGUUCUACCGCCAAUUUUUCGUGUUCUUCUGGUAUUUCUGCGUUUCACUCGUAAGCUUUACACUACGAAGGGGACCAAUGAAUCUCGAAGAUGCGGAAGCAAACCGAACAGCUACGAGCGUACAAAUAAAGAAUUCGACACUUCCAGGUUUGAGAAAUGCAACCACCCUUCUCAUGGCAGAUGCCAAUGAAAAAAUCGUUCAAUUCAAUCUAAAUGAAACUCUCUUUGAUCCUUCGGCCAUUGAUGCGAACAUAUUUUUCAAUUCCAAAUGCGCUACCAUGGCAUACGACACAACUGAGGAUAAAAUUCGUCUCGUUUCGGAGAUAAUAAUCCUCAUAGGAUCUUUCCUGUACUUGGUUGGAGCAUUACGAGAAUUUCGCUUUCUAGGUCGAAAAAUGUUUAUUGAAAAUCUGAUGACUGCUCCGUCACGAGUAAUGUUCCUGUUUUCCUGCUGCAUCAUGAUGAUUGUACCGUUUCUGAAAGUGCUUUGCUUAAUUGAACUCGAGGACCAUGUGGCUGUGACGAUAAUGUUGACCACGGCUCCAUACUUUUUGUUCUUCUGCCGUGGUUUCAAAACUGUUGGACCAUUCGUAGUGAUGAUUUACCGCAUGGUGAUGGGAGACUUGUUGCGUUUCGUUGUUAUCUACUUGGUGUUUGUGAUGGGAUUUUCCCAGGCCUACUAUAUAGUGUUCCUGUCGUUCAAAGGCGAGGAGGAAGGCGACGAAAAUCCCAUGCCUUCUCCGAUGGAGUCCAUUGUGGCAAUGUUUUUGAUGUCGUUAACGAACUUUGGCGAUUACUAUGGUGCGUUGGACAAAACCGAACACGAGGGAUGCGCUAAGGUUCUCUUCGUCAUAUUCAUGGUAAUCGUAGCCACCUUGCUGGUAAACUUGCUCAUCGCCAUGAUGGGUAACACGUACACCAAGAUUGCGGAAACCAAGAACGAGUGGCAACGGCAGUGGGCCCGAAUCGUUUUGGUGGUGGAGCGAGGGGUUCCUCCGAGCGAACGGCUAAAGAACUUCAUGAACUAUAGCGAACCGAUGUCGGACGGAAGACGAGCACUGGUGCUGCGAUUGAAUAUGACGGACGAAGAUAAAGAAGAGAUGAAGGAGAUUCUUGAGAUGAAACGUGUUCACGAUCGCUUAUCGAAGAAACGCCAAGUAGAGAGGGAAUUACGGGCAGAGCAACGACGGUUAAUCAUGGAGAAAUUUGCAAAUGUACCUUAA